UCCAUCCCUUUCGCUCUUUCUCAUUCCUUGACAACAGCAACGAUGGCGGAACCCGUAGCAUCGGGAGUAUCGGCAACAGACGCAGCAUCCUCAGCUCCCACCCCAGCCCUUUCUCCGGCAGUCAGCCCUGGUUCUGAGCCUCCCUCCAUGGCGCUCUCUCCCUCCGCAGGCGGCUCACAGCGACUCCUUUUCUCUCAUGAUCUGGUGUCCGGUCGGUAUCGUGGUUCGGUCCGGUUUGGCCUUGUCAGGAUGAUCCAUGGCGAGGAGGAUUUAGAUUCUGAUUCGGACCUCGAUGGUGAUGGCGGAGGUGGAGGUGGCGGUGGCGGGGGAGGUGGUGGGAUCGCUGGCAGCUCUGACACCGAGAGUGGGGCGGCGGACGCCCGGGCUCGGCCUCUUGGAAGAGGCUAUGUUCGGGUGCAGUGGUACCCUGAAGGAGGAAAGCAAGACAUUCGGGAAACGAAGCUGAAACUUGAAGAUCGGUCGAUCGUGCCUAGAGACAUUGUGCGUCGCAUGAAUGCAAAUGACAACCAGUGUGGCACAGUGAUUGACAUCAAUAUUGAGUGUGCUGUGAAAUUGGUGGGGACCAACUGCGUUCUCUACCCCGUUAAGUGCAGAGACCUGCAACACAUCUGGUCCUUUAUGUAUGGAGAUUAUAUUGCCUACGACUUUUGGCUGGGAAAGGUGUAUGACUUGACCAAUCACAUCAUCCUGAAGCUGUCCAAUGGAGCCAGGUGCUCCAUGAGUGUGGAGGAUGGUGCUAAGCUGUAUGAUGUCUGCCCCCAUGUCAGCGAUUCGGGCCUUUUCUUUGAUGAGGCCUACGGCUUCUACCCCGGUCAGGUGCUGAUCGGACCUUCCAAAGUGUUCUCCAGUGUGCAGUGGCUGUCCGGGGUCAAGCCCGUUCUCAGCAAGAAGAGCAAGUUCAGGGUGGUGGUGGAAGAGGUCCAGGUUGUGGAGCUGAAGGUGACGUGGAUCACGAAGAGCUACUCCCCCAGGGGUACGGACAGUGUGUACCCACCUCCCUCCACCAUCACACAGGAGAACCUUUGCAGAGUCAAGCGGCUGGGCUAUUACGACCACACCCAGAGGCAGCUGGGCGAACGGGCCCUGUACGUCUUCCCUGCCAAAGGAGACGCCACCCGCAUCACUUGCGAGGGGCCCGAGGGGGCCCCUGUCCUGCCCGAGGACCCUGUUGCCAGGAAGCUAAAGCGGAUGUUUAAGAAGGACGCGGUGAGGAAGGCUGCAGACGGUUCGGACGGGCAGGUCUCCAGCGCCCAGCCUGCGGAGAAAACGGAGAGUCCUGAGGCAGAGAAGGUUCCGGAGUCUCAGCGGGACGGGGCCAAGGAUGCGCAGAGGGUGGAGCCGAGCCGCCCCAACAACGGGCCGGUGGAGGCGGCGGGGCGGGCCAAAGACAGCGCCCUGGAGACGUGGGCGGAGUCGGGGGAGCAGGACGCUGACGACGAGGCGGCCGACGACACGGACGACACCAGCUCCAUGACAUCAUCGGCCAGCUCCACUGCCUCGUCCCAGAGCGGCGGGGUGGGGUCCAACCGCAAAAAGAGCAUCCCGCUCUCCAUCCGCAACCUCAAGAGGAAACACAAGAAGAAGAGGACCAAGUUCUCCCGCGAGUUCCGGCCGGGGGACCGGGUGGCGGUGGAGGUGGUCUCGACGAAGACCUCAGCGGACGUCAUGUGGAAGGACGGCACCGUGGAGACGGGCAUCCGCUCCAACGAACUCAUUCCCAUCCAGCACCUGGACAACUACGAGUUCUGUCCCGGGGACUUUGUGGUGGACAAGCGGCCUCAAGCUCCACAGGACCCAGGUGUGUACGGGGUGAUCCAGUCUGGGGACCACAAGGGCAGGACCUGUGCAGUGAAAUGGGUCAAACUCAAUGGCAGCAGCGAUGACGUGGAGGUCAUUGGCGAGGAGGAGGAUGUCAGUGUCUACGACAUCGCCGACCACCCGGACUUCCACUUCCGCACCACCGACAUCGUCAUCCGAAUAUGGAACUCUGAGAACGGGCAGGCGACGGACUGCGAGAACGAGACUUCAGUGGGCCAGGUGUCUCGAGUAGACGUGAGCAGCAAGGUGGAGGUGGUGUGGGCGGAUAACUCCAUGACCAUCGUCUUGCCUCAGCACCUGUACAACGUGGAGUCGGAGAUCGAGGAGACGGACUACGACUCGGUGGAGGAGAGCAGCAGCGGGGCCUCGUCGGAGGAGUGGGAGGACGAGAGCGACAGCUGGGAGACGGACAACGGCCUGAUGGACGAUGAGCACGCGGGCCAGACGGCGCCCGCCCCCGCGCCCACGCCCGCCGAGGAGCCCAAGACCCCCAGCGCCCAGCCCACCCGCGUGGAGGAGCUGGAGGGCGCCAUCGCCACGGCCAAGGAGGCGCUGAAGAUCCUGGAGAGCCUGCAGAACAUGACCGUGGAGCAGCUGUGGACCGGCUCCCCCACCUCCCCCACCGUGGAGCCCGAGAAGCCCACCAAGGAGAAGAGGUUCCUGGACGACUUCAAGAAGCUCCAGGAGAACCUGAAGAAGACCCUGGACAAUGUGGCCAUCGUGGAGGAGGAGCGCAUGGAGGCGGUGGGGGAGGCGGAGAAGGAGGAGAAGCAGCAGGAGCCCCAGACGCCUGUGCGCUCCGAGUGGCCCAGCGACACGCCCGUCCUCUGCCAGCAGAGCGGGGGCAAGCCGGGGGUGACCUUCACCAGCGCCAAGGGGGAGGUGUUCUCCGUGCUGGAGUGGGCCCCAGACAGCCACGCCUUCAAGAAAAUGGAGUUCCAGCCGGCGGAGGCCAAGAAGUUCUUCAGCACCGUGAGGAAAGAGAUGGCGCUGCUGGCCACCUCCCUGCCCGACGGCAUCAUGGUCAAGACCUUCGAGGAUCGCAUGGACCUCUUUUCGGCGAUGAUCAAAGGCCCCACCCGCACGCCCUACGAGGACGGCCUGUUCCUCUUCGACAUUCAGCUGCCAAACAUCUACCCCGCCGUGCCUCCUCUCUUCCGCUACCUGUCCCAGUGCAGCGGCCGCCUCAACCCCAAUCUCUACGACAACGGGAAGGUGUGCGUCAGUCUGCUGGGCACCUGGAUCGGGAAGGGCACAGAGAGAUGGACGAGUAAGUCCAGCCUGCUGCAGGUGCUCAUUUCUAUCCAAGGGCUGAUCUUGGUGAACGAGCCCUACUACAACGAGGCGGGCUUCGACAGCGACCGCGGCCUGAAGGAGGGCUACGAGAACAGCCGCUGCUACAACGAGAUGGCGCUCAUCAAGAUGGUGCAGUCCAUGACGCAGCUGCUGCAGCAGCCCGUGGACGUGUUCCAGCAGGAGAUCCGCGAGCACUUCUCCAGCAGCGGCUGGAGGCUGGUGCACCGCCUGGAGGUCUGGCUGGAGCUGCACGAGUCGGCCGAGCGGGGCCCCGGGGGCCCCAGGGAGUUCCCCCUCUCGGCGGAGCCCCUGGAGGAGGGCGUGCAGGCGGUGCCCCACAGCAGCCCCAGCCAGCAGGACCUGAGGGGGGAGGACCUGGAGGACUCGGGCCUCAGCCCCUCCACCACCCAGCAGCAGGACCUCAGCCAGCACUCGGACUGCGACGGGGCCGGGGGCCCGGGGCCCGAGGGGGCCGGGAGGGCCCAGCUGGACUCGGCCGGGGGCCAGCCCGUGGUCAGACCAAAGAAGAGGAGAAAGAGCUACCGCAGCUUCCUGCCGGAGCGCAGCGGCUACCCCGACAUCGGCUUCCCGCUCUUCCCCCUGUCCAAGGGCUUCGUGAAGAGCGUGCGCAGCGUGCUGCAGCACUACAGGGCGGCGCUGGCCGCCUGCGGCCUCCCCGAGCACCGGGAGGACAAGUGAGCCGCCCCCGACCGCCCCCUGCCAACCGCCCCCUGCCAACCACCUGGAGCCCCCAACCGCC